AUGGAGUCAUUAAAGUAUCCGUCACCAGAGACUGUUCAGAGAACAUGCAAGAAGAAGCGCCUAAUACCAACCCCAAACUCAUAUUAUAUGGAUGUAAAGUGCAGUGAAUGCGAAAAGAAAGUUGUAAUCUUCUCACACUCCCAAACUGUUAUAUCAUGCCACGCAUGCAGUACAAUCCUUGCCAAGCCAUCUGGUGGAAAGGCAAAACUGACUCUUGGAUGUAAGUUCAAAGUAAAGCCAUCCUACUAA